AUGGAUGGAGAAGAUGAGUGUGACCAUGGUGCCAGCCAGCUUGCUGAGGCCUAUACAAACACACAGAGUUGCCAGACAGACAUCCUCCUCAUGCCCCGCGGACAGAAGAGGGGCCGAGGCCUCAGAGCCCAGAGUAUCUGCCCCCAGCUGUUGGAGAUGGUACUGCACUUACAGCAGACCAUGGAGGAGUGCUUCCUGCAGCUGAUGACCAGGUACAGGCAGCAGGACCUGAUGCUGGAGGAGCAGAGGCUGAACCUGCAGCAGAGGCACAGUCAGGUCAUAUAUGAGCAGGAAGCCCUCCUGAUCCGUUUAAUGAGUCAGCUGGCCGACAUCCUACAGUCUAGGUCCUGGAGUGGCCUAGGGCUCCAACUGCCUCCAUGCUCCAUGGAUACUGGGAGUAAUGCUGGAGGUGGUCAGGGAGCCCAUUCACCCAGGCAUCCUGACCAGAUACCUCCCCUGUUGAGUGAGUUCAAAACUGCAUUUGUCAUCCAUGACCUCUCCAGUCGUGGGGAAGACAUCUCUGACUUCUACCACUCCGAGUUCCAAGCCUACAACGCCUACCAUGGAGACAAAUACCAUGAGGAUAACAACACCUUGGGCUUCAUUAACCUUAGUACCAGUGAGAACAAGCUCUGCAUUGACCUGAUGACUAAAAGGUUGAGUCGGAGUGACAUGAACUACAUUGAGGAUGCCCUGCUACAAUACUGUGAUUGGAGAGGGCAACCAUUCCUACGGGAAGAAGUGGCCCGGUUCCUGACCUACUACUGCAAGGCACCUGUUCCUCUUGAUCCAGAAAAUGUAGUUGCUCUCAAUGGCUGCUGCUCUGUCUUCUCAGCACUGGCCACGGUUCUGUGUGAUGUAGGGGAGGUCUUUCUGAUCCCCACCCCCUUCUAUGGUGGUCUAGCCUUUAGCUCCCGUCUGUAUGCGAACAUUGAGCUGUUUUUCGUCCACCUGGACAGUGAGAUCACUGGUGAGAACACUCGACCUUUCCAGCUCACUGUGGACAAGUUGGAGCAAGGCCUACAUGAAGCUAGGCUUAAGAGGAAAAAGGUCAGAGGCCUCGUGCUAAUCAACCCUCAGAAUCCUCUGGGUGACAUCUACUCCCAAGACUCACUGAAGGAAUACCUGAAAUUUGCCGAGAGGCAUAAGCUACAUGUGAUUAUAGAUGAGAUUUACAUGCUGUCUGUAUUUGAUAAAUCCACCACAUUCCACAGUGUCCUGAGCAUGGAAAGUUUGCCUGACCCCAACAGGACCCAUGUGAUCUGGGGUACCAGUAAGGAUUUUGGCAUCUCUGGCUUCCGUUUUGGCACUCUAUACACCCGCAGCAAGGCAGUGGUCACUGCCAUGAGUGCCUUUGGCUACCUCCACAGCAUCUCUGGCAUCACCCAGCAUAAGCUGUGUCGGCUGCUCCAGGACAGAGAUUGGAUUGAUAAAGUGUACCUGCCCACUAAUUGGUCCCGGCUCCGGGAAGCUCACAAGUAUGUCACAGGCAAGCUGAAGGCCUUGAAGAUCCCCUUUCUCAAUCGUGGCUCUGGCUUCUAUAUCUGGAUCAAUUUGAAAAAGUACCUGGACCCGUGUACAUUUGAGACGGAGCUAGUCCUCCACCACCGCUUCUUGGAUAACAAGGUGAUGCUGUCCUGUGGCAAGUCCUACAUGUGUAAGGAGCCAGGCUGGUUCCGCCUUGUCUUUGCGGAUAAACCCCACCGGCUGAAAGUGGCAAUGCAUCGGUUCUGUGAAGUGCUACAAGAACAGAAGGAGGAGUUGACAGUGAGGCUCUUAGAAGAUGCACAGAAGGAGUAG